AUGUCGGAGAAGAAGCCACGAGCCUCAGACACUCGUCCCAAGUCAGGCCUCCGCAGCUGGAGCGCAGACAGUUAUAUCUGGCGGCCAAAGAAACGCUCCCGGAGUUCCCGGAGCGGCGGGUUGAGUCCUGGGGGGCUCGAGGCGGAGGGGGCAGAGGAGCUGGGCGUGCGGUCCACUUCCUGUCCAAGGCGCCGGAGAGAGAGGAAGUGUAGCUGCAGCGCUCUUGGGGACGCAUUGACGUCUGCAGACAUGGAGGUGGUGUGUCGGAAGGCCUUGAGCCGGCGCUCUCUACGGCAGAAGUUCCAGGACGCUGUGGGCCAGUGUUUCCCUCUGCGCUCGCACCAUCACCACCAUCACCACCACCAUCCACCAGGCUCCUCUCGGCCCUUCUCUGUGCUCUUCAGGUCCAAACGCAAGAUCCACGUCUCGGAGCUCAUGCAGGACAAGUGUCCCUUCUCGCCAAAGUCUGAACUGGCCCGAUGCUGGCACCUUAUAAAGAAUCACGCCACCCAAUCCGAUGCCCUCAAGGACAUGGAGGCUCCCCUGAAACCCAAUGUCUCAUCAUCGUCUACCUCACCCCCACAGACGCCGCUCUCCUGGGAGGAAAUCUGCUGCUCCCCAGGGCCUGGAAGCACCGGUCUGGAGGACUGGGACCCUUCUUGUCCUAAUGGGGGAGCAGAGGGCAGCUGCAGGGGCACUGACGACAUCCUGGUCCCGGAUCUUCUCCAGAUCAACAACAGCCCCUCUUACUGGGGUGUGUUGAACCGCUUUGAGGCCGAGGAGCUCCUGGAGGGCCAGCCGGAGGGAACCUUCCUGCUCCGAGACUCUGCCCAGGACGAGUUCCUCUUCUCUGUCAGCUUCCGUCGCUACAGCCGCUCCCUGCACGCUCGCAUCGAGCAGAACGGCAAGCGUUUCAGUUUUGAUGUGCACGACCCGUGCAUGUACCGGGAUCCCAGCGUGACCGGACUGCUGAGACACUACAGCGACCCGGCCACCUGCCUCUUCUUUGAGCCGCUGCUUUCCCGGCCGCUGCUGAGGACAUUUCCUUUCUCCCUGCAGCACCUGUGCAGGGCUGCGAUAUGCAGCAGCACCACAUACCAGGGCGUGAACAGCCUGCCGCUGCCCCCACAGCUCAGGGACUACCUCAGGCAGUACCACAUUAAAUGUGAGGGGGCCUGCGCCUUGUGA